AUGUCUGUACGGUACCUAUUCGUUAUAGCGCUUGUAGCUCUUACUAGUUACUCGAACUAGGAAUCCUAUAAUCAACCUGUUUACCGGAUGAACACCGCUCCAUCACUUGUUUCACUUGCCGAAAAGAGUCUUGCGAACUAUGUACUUGGCGGUGGACUCCUUCCUGUCAACAACAAUGAGGCGUUCAUCCGUGAAACGACAGCCGUUACGGUCACUAUCUUAGAUGAGAACGAACGUGUCGUCGCAUGUGGCGCUAUCUCACCUUACUCACUCAAGCAGGCAUACUGCGUUCUUGGAGAAGUAGAUGAUGCCUUCAGAAACCAUACAAUCUGGAUUGAAGAAGGACCAAACUCCAAGAAGGAGUCACGGGUUUAUACGAUUACCAAGAGUGUUCCAUACAUCAUCGACCGCACCGCUCCCACGUUAUUUGAGACGGUAUUCGCUGACCAUGAGGGCAGGCCUACGAUCCUUCAUCUGUUUGAUGCUCUUGUCGAAGGUACUGUUGGAAAAACUAACCUGGAUCUCAACAAAAAUAUCACCAUCGAUCUGCUCAUCAAUAACGAGAAAAGGAAGGAAGAGAUCGUCGAACAGUGGCGAGACAUUUCCGGAUUCGUCGUGUCUGACAAGCAUCGCUUUGAAGAAGUUCAAGUGAAAAGAUCGUUCCUACUUUCAUUCGCCGACGAGGCAAUGGGGGUGACAACAGAACCUAUCGAAAAAGAAAAUCUUCUGCCAAUACUUGACUAUGAUGCGGAAGCAUCGAUAUAUGAUCGUACAGAACAUGUAACAGCCCUCGUUCACACUCCAGGGGUUGUCGGAAAAAUGGCUUUACGGGGUGGUCAGGUAUGCGGGUAUGCUCUAGUCUGUAAGAACCGCAUUCUGCUCUGUUACGCUGAUGACGAAGACUCUUUCAAGGCACUGGUUUCGUCUGUCGCGGAGAACAUAGAAGCUGAUGAAUGCAAAAUGUUCUUAAGAUUCGAAUCUCACGAGGCCACCCAGCGAAUCAUCGAGAAUGCCACGGAAAGGAAGGAAGUGACACGGCUACAUACGCGUACAAAUAUUAACGGCAUUAAGUGGAGCCUGAUUUAUUGUUCCAAUGUUGGACUUCACAUUUUCUAA